AUGGAACUCCAAAUUCUCUUUUCACUCCUGAUUUUCAGUAUUGCCUUCUUCUAUUUGUUCAGUAAACGUAGAAGCUCAGGCAACGAAAACCUUCCUCCACAACCAUGGAAGCUCCCUUUCCUUGGACACUUGCAUCACCUCGUAGGAGAUCUCCCACAUCGAGCUCUGGGAAACUUAGCCCAAAAAUUGGGACCAAUUGUUCAUCUAAAGCUCGGUGAAGUCUCUGCUGUUGUAAUCUCAUCUUCUGUUUUGGCUAAAGAAAUCAUGAAAACCCAUGAUCUCUCGUUUGUAAACAGGCCCAAGAUCCUUAGUGCCGAAAUAGUUGGAUAUAACUAUACAGACAUCGCCUUUGCACCUUACGGCGAGUACUGGAGACAAAUGCGUAAAAUAUGCAUUGUUGAGUUACUAAGUGCCAAAAAAGUCCGGUCUUUUGAAUCUGUUCGUGAUGAAGAGUCUUGGAAUCUCAUUGAAUCCAUUGGCAGUUUAGCUUUGCCCCCGUACGGGUCAGAAACAAUCAAUCUUAGUGAGAAGAUUUUCUCGAUGGUGAAUGCUAUCGCAGUUAGAGUUUCGAUUGGAAGCAAAUGUAAGGAUCAGGAAAAACUUGUUGCACUGAUUAAAGAGAUAAUAUCUUUGUCUGGUGGUUUUGAUGUGUCGGAUUUGUUUCCUUCUGUCAAAGUUCUGCAUCUAAUUACCGGCAUGAGAAACAAGUUGACUAAGAUACACAACCAGAUUGAUAAGAUUUUAGACGGCAUCAUCUUGGAGCAUCAACAACGUAGUGCAACUAGAUUGAAUGACCAAAAUGAAGACCUUCUUGAUGUUCUAUUGAGGUUCAAAGAUGAUGGUGGACUUCAAUUCCCACUGACUUCUGAUAAUGUGAAAGCUGUCCUGGUGGAUAUGUUUGUAGCGGGAACAGAUACUUCAUCGGUGACCAUAGAGUGGGCAAUGUUAGAACUGAUGAAAAAUCCAAGGGUAAUGAAGAAAGCACAAGCCGAACUCAGGAAAGUAGUUAAGGGAAAGAAAAAGAUCUAUGAGUCGGAUAUUCAAGAAGUUGCCUACUUGAAAUUUGUGAUUCAAGAAACCUUAAGGUUGCACCCUCCUCUUCCAUUGUUAGUUCCUCGAGAGAGUCGAGAGAAGUGUGACAUUGGUGGAUACCACAUACCCGCCAAGACAAAAGUUAUUAUUAACGCAUGGAAAAUAGGAUGUGAUGCAGAAUGCUGGAUUGACCCAGGAAGUUUCAAUCCAGAACGAUUUGGUGAGACUUCAGUUAACUUAGUCGGGACAGAUUUUGAAUUUCUCCCGUUUGGGGCUGGAAGAAGAAUAUGCCCAGGCAUGACUUUGGGGUUAGCCAAUAUCGAGCUUCCUCUUGCUAGGCUACUUUACCACUACAAUUGGGAACUCCCUAGUGGUGUAAGACCCGAAGAUCUUGAUACAAGUGAGACUUUUGGAGCCACUCUUAAUCUAAAACAAACCUUGCAUUUAGUUCCAAUUGCUUGCAACACAUAUUAA